AUGAAUUUGGUUUCCGAGUUGAUAAGGAAGAGGCUCAAGUGGCAGGCUCAUCUGGAAUUCACACACAACCAUGACGUGGGCGACCUCACAUGGGACAAAAUUGAGGUCACCCUACCGCAUUCAGACAAGCUGCGCUCCCUGGUGCUAGCCGGCAUCCCACAUAGCAUGAGACCACAGUUGUGGAUGCGUCUGUCAGGGGCCUUGCAGAAGAAGAGGAAUUCAGAGAUGUCGUAUCGGGAUAUCGUGAAAAACAGCUCUAAUGACGAAAGCAUUGCUGCCAAACAGAUUGAAAAGGAUUUGCUCCGCACAAUGCCCAGCAACGCCUGCUUCUCCAAUAUGAACAGCAUCGGGGUACCACGGCUACGCAGGAUACUACGAGGACUUGCCUGGCUCUACCCAGAGAUUGGAUAUUGCCAAGGCACUGGCAUGGUGGCUGCCUCUCUGCUGCUCUUCUUGGAGGAGGAAGAUGCUUUCUGGAUGAUGUGCGCUAUCAUUGAGGAACUGGUUCCUGCCUCCUACUUCAGCACCACCCUGAUGGGCGUGCAGACUGACCAGCGUGUCCUGCGACAGCUCAUUGUGCAGUACUUGCCCCGCCUGGAUAAACUGCUCCAGGAGCAUGACAUCGAGCUCUCCUUGAUCACCUUGCACUGGUUCCUCACCUCUUUUGCUAGUGUUGUCCACAUCAAGCUGCUGCUACGUAUUUGGGACCUCUUCUUCUACCAGGGCUCUCUGGUGCUGUUUCAGCUCACUUUGGGCAUGCUCAGUAUGAAGGAAGAUGAGCUAAUCCAGUCUGAGAACUCUGCCUCAAUCUUCAACACGCUCUCGGACAUCCCAAGUCAGAUUGAAGAUGCAGAUGUGUUGCUGCGGGAGGCCAUGCGUGUGGCUGGCUCUCUGACAGAUGUGGCGGUGGAGACCCAGCGUCGCAAACACUUCGCCUACCUCAUCGCUGACCAAGGGCAGCUGCUCAACUCCAGCACCACUGUCAACAAUUUAUCCAAAAUUGUGCGGCGCAGGACUCAGCGCAGGAAAUCUGGCAUCACCUCUCUGCUUUUCGGGGAUGACGAUCUGGAGGCACUGAAAGCCAAGAACAUCAAGCAGACAGAGCUGGUGGCCGACCUGCGUGAGGCCAUUGUCCAGGUGGCAAGACACUUCCAGCGUGUGGAUCCCAAGAACUGCAGCAUUGAUCUGACACCAGACUACAGCAUGGAGAGCCACCAGCGGGACCACGAGAACUAUGUGGCCUGUUCCCGCAACCGACGACGACGAGCCAAGGCACUACUGGACUUUGAGCGCCAUGAUGACGAUGAGCUGGGCUUCCGCAAGAACGACAUCAUUACGAUCAUUUCUCAGAAGGAUGAGCACUGUUGGGUGGGAGAGCUGAAUGGACUGAGAGGUUGGUUUCCUGCAAAAUUUGUGGAGAUCUUGGAUGAGCGGAGCAAAGAGUCCAUAUUUGAACAUGGAUUGAAGAAGCCAUCUCUGCUGGGGGGGCCCUGCCAUCCCUGGCUGUUCAUUGAAGAGGCUGCAAGCCGAGAAGUGGAACGGGACUUUGACUCUGUGUAUUCUCGCCUUGUGCUCUGCAAGACUUACAGGCUUGAUGAAGACAGCAAAGUCCUCACUCUGGAGGAGCUGCUUUACCGGGCAGUUCAGGCCGUGAACAUGACACACGAUGCUGCACAUGCACAAAUGGACGUGAAGCUUCGUUCCCUCAUCUGCGUUGGACUCAACGAGCAGGUGCUGCAUUUGUGGCUGGAGGUGCUGUGCUCAAGCCUGCAGACCGUGGAGAAGUGGUUCCAUCCAUGGUCAUUCCUGCGCAGUCCUGGAUGGGUGCAGAUCAAAUGUGAGCUGAGAGUCCUCUGCAAAUUUGCCUUCAGCCUCUCUCAGGACUGGGAGCUGCCAAUAAAGAGGGAGGAGAAGAAGCCACUGAAGGAGGGUGUGCAGGACAUGCUCGUGAAGCACCAUCUCUUCAGCUGGGACAUAGAUGGGUGA